CAGCUCUUCUCUGCAGCAGGACCUUACCAUAGUCUUCCCACGCCAGCAUCUUUAGUGUGUCCACAGUCUCCUUGUCAUCCCUUGUACUGUCUGCAGUCUCUGGUCAUCUCCUGUACUGUCAGCAGUCUCUUGGUCAUCCCCUGUACUGUCUGCAGCCUCUGGCUAUCCCCUGUACUGUCUGCAGUCCCUGGUCAUCUCCUGUACCGUCUGCAGUCUCUGGUCAUCCCCUGUACUGUCGGCAGUCUCUUGGUCAUCCCCUGUACUGUCUGCAGCCUCUGGCCAUCCCCUGUACUGUCUGCAGUCUCUUGGUCAUCCCCUGUACUGUCUGCAGUCUCUGGUCAUCCCCUGUACUGUCUGCAGUCUCUUGGUCAUCCCCUGUACUGUCUGCAGCCUCUGGUCAUCCCCUGUACUGUCUGCAGUCUCUGGUCCUCC